CGCGCACACACAAAACAACUGCAAGCUGGCGGCCUCUGGCGUCUUGACGUACGCAGAGGCCGCGCAGGACCUCGUCCGCUCGCGGGGGCACCACCGGCGGGACAGAAGGCCGCGGGAGUGAUGACGGAGGGCGACCGCGAGAGGCUCCCGAGCCUAGGGCUGGAAACGGACGGAGGCGGCGCCAGACGCUCGCCGCGGUGUUCCUUCGGCUUCCGGUCGGAAGCGGCGGCGCGGGAGAGUGCGCAUGCGCCCUUUGUACGCCUGCACGCGUGCGCCCCACCGGCGGCCGUCACCGCCUCCGGCCGGUGUCCGGGAUGCGACCGGUGUCAGUCCUUCGGCUGUGGAGACGCCCGGGGCCCCGCAGAGCCGCUGUCCCGGAGGGCCCGGCACGCCGCUAUGGCUCGCACGCUCCGCCUGGCCCCGACCCCGCUCGCGCCCAUUUCACCACCCCCAUCUUCUACGUGAACGCUGCGCCGCACAUCGGGCACCUGUACUCGGCGCUGCUGGCGGACGCCCUGUGCCGCCGCCGCCGCCUGCUGGGCCCGGGCGCCGCCGCGCGCCUCUCCACCGGCACCGACGAGCACGGCCUCAAGAUCCAGCAGGCGGCCGCCGCCGCGGGCCUGGCGCCGCUCGAGCUGUGCGACCGGGUGUCGGCGCAGUUCCGGCAGCUGUUCCGCGCGGCCGGCGUCUCCGCCACCGGCUUCACUCGCACCACCGAGCCCCGGCACCGCGCGGCCGUGCAGCACUUCUGGGGGGCGCUGCAGUCCCGGGGGCUGCUCCGCAAGGGGCUCUACGAAGGCUGGUACUGCGCCUCCGACGAGUGCUUCCUGCCCGAGGCCAAGGUCACCCGGCAGCCGGGCCCGUCGGGGGAGCCGUCGCCCGUGUCCGUCGAGAGCGGGCAUCCAGUUUCCUGGACCAAGGAAGAAAACUACAUUUUCCGGCUUUCCCAGUUCAGGGAGCCACUGCGGCAGUGGCUGCGCGGCGACCCGCGGGCCAUUACCCCGGAGCCCUUCUAUCAGGCCGUCCUGCAGUGGCUGGAGGAGGACCUGCCCGAUCUGUCUGUCUCUCGGCGGAGUAACCACUUGCACUGGGGCAUCCCGGUGCCCGGGGACGAGUCCCAGACCAUCUACGUGUGGCUGGACGCCUUGGUCAACUACCUCACCGUCAUCGGCUACCCGGACGCCGAGUUCGAGUCCUGGUGGCCGGCCACAUCGCACAUCAUUGGCAAGGACAUCCUCAAGUUCCAUGCCAUCUAUUGGCCGGCUCUCCUCCUAGGGGCCGGCUUGAGCCCACCGCGUCGCAUCUACGUCCAUUCCCACUGGACGGUGUGUGGCCAGAAGAUGUCCAAGAGCGUGGGCAACGUGGUGGAUCCCGGCGCUUGCCUCGAGCGCUACACGGUGGACGGCUUCCGCUACUUCCUCCUGCGGCAGGGGGUUCCCAACUGGGACUGCGACUACUACGACGAAAAGGUGGUCAAGCUGCUGGACUCGGAACUGGCCGAUGCCUUGGGAGGGCUUCUGAACCGAUGCACCGCCAGCAGAAUAAACCCUUCCGGGACUUACCCAGCCUUCUGCGCUCCCUGCUUCCCCAGGGAGCCGGGCCUGGCCGGACCGGCAGCGCGGGCUCAGGCCGAGGACUACGCGCUUGUACAUGCAGUGUCCGCUUUGCCCCAGCAGGUCGCUCACUACUAUGAUAACUUUCAGAUCUAUAAAGCUCUGGAGGAGGUAUCCAGCUGUGUUCGGCAGACAAACGGAUUCGUCCAGAGGCAUACGCCAUGGAAACUGAACUGGGAAAGCCCGGGGGACGCUCCCUGGCUGGGCACUGUGCUCCACGUGGCCUUGGAAUGUUUGCGAGUCUUUGGAACAUUGCUUCAACCUGUUACCCCAGACUUAGCCGACAAGCUGCUCUCCAGGCUGGGAAUCUCCACCACCGAGCGGGGCCUUGGAGAGCUCUGUUUUCUGCCCCGGUUCUAUGGACAUGCAUGCCCUUUUGAAGGGAGGAAACUGGGUCCUGAAACUGGGCUUUUGUUUCCAAGACUGGACCAGUCCAGGUCUCGGCUGGUAAAAGCUCACAGGACCUAGAAACUCAAUUCUUACUUGCUUGUGGUAAAAGAGCAAAGGCGUUUGUUGUUGGUUUGUUGUUUUUUUUUCUU